AAGUCUCCGCCCCUGAAGGCUGCUGACAGUCGGCUGCACGCCUGCAUGGUCUGCCUGAGAAGGAUCGGGGAAGGUUAGCGGACAGGGAGGACGAGGAGCUGCGCGCAUCAUGAUCCUGAACCUCAUCGCAUGAAAGCACAUCACAUCACAUCCUCAAGCCCAGCUCUCAUCCAAAGACAGGCGUCAUGAUUCCUGUGAUGGAAUUCCGUCAGUUCUCUGAACAGCAGCCAGCGUUCAGAGUCCUGAAGCCGUGGUGGGAUGUGUUUACCGACUAUCUGUCUGUGAUCAUGCUGAUGAUCGGUGUUUUUGGAUGCACUCUUCAGGUGAUGCAAGAUAAAAUCAUAUGCCUUCCUCAGAGAAUACCAUCGGCCUCAGAGAACACAAGUGAAGUGGGGGUGAAGUUACAACUGCAAUCCAAUAUUUCAGCAGUCCCAAGAGAAAUGACGGGUCUAAAAACUGAUCUGGAUCUUCAGCAGUACAGCUUCAUCAAUCAGAUGUGCUAUGAGAAGGCUCUACAUUGGUAUGCCAAGUACUUUCCCUAUUUAGUUCUCAUACACACGCUGGUUUUCAUGGUGUGUAGCAACUUCUGGUUCAAAUUUCCUGGCUCAAGCUCAAAAAUCGAGCAUUUUAUCUCCAUGCUUGGCAAAUGCUUUGACUCUCCCUGGACCACACGGGCUUUGUCUGAGGUGUCUGGAGAGAAUCCUGAGGAGAAGGACCAUAAAAAGAGCGCCACUGCACGGUCCAACAUAGUUGUUUCCCCUGGAGAGGGAAUCCUUGAGAAGACACAGUCCCUGAAGUCUAUCCCAGAAAAGAUCGUAGUUGAGAAACCAUCAGCGAGUGUUCUGGAUAAGAAAGAGGGUGAACAAGCCAAAGCUCUUUUUGAAAAGGUGAAGAAGUUCCGUUUGCACGUUGAGGAGGGGGACAUUCUCUAUCUGAUGUAUGUUCGUCAGACGGUGUUCAAGGUGAUUAAAUUCCUCCUGAUCAUUGCCUAUAAUAGUUCUCUGGUGAAUCAAGUGAAGAACAGAGUUCCUUGUGAAGUUGAGAUCCAGGAUAUGACAGGCUACAAAGACUUUGAAUGUAAUCACACCAUGGCUCACCUGUUUUCAAAGCUUUCUUACUGUUACUUGUGUUUGGUGGCUGUGUAUGGAUUAACAAGCCUGUACACCUCUUACUGGCUGUUUUACCGCUCACUGAAAGAAUACUCCUUUGAGUAUGUGCGGCAGGAAACAGGGAUUAAUGACAUCCCGGAUGUCAAGAAUGACUUUGCGUUCAUGCUACACAUGAUUGAUCAGUACGACCCGCUGUACUCAAAACGGUUUGCAGUUUUUCUGUCUGAAGUCAGUGAGAACAAACUGAAACAGCUCAACCUAAACCACGAGUGGACUGCAGAGAAGCUGCGUCAGAGACUCCAGACUAACGCCAACAACCGACUGGAGCUUCAGCUGUUUAUGCUCCCUGGGUUACCCGACACUGUCUUUGAGCUGACCGAGCUGCAGUCGCUCAAGCUGGAGAUCAUCAACAACAUCACCAUCCCUGCCUCUGUGUCCCAGCUGGAGGACCUCCAGGAGCUCUCUCUUUACCAGUGCUCUUUAAAACUGCACACAACAGCUACCUCCUUCUUGAAAGAGAACCUGAAAGUGCUCCGUGUGAAGUUUGAUGAUAACAGGGAACUUCCUCACUGGAUGUAUGGCCUGCGCAAUCUAGAGGAGCUCUAUCUCACUGGAUCACUAAGUCCUGACGCCUCCAAGAAUAUAGUCUUAGAGUCACUGCGGGAGAUGAAGUGUUUGAAAACUCUCUCCCUUAAAAGUAAUUUGACCAAGAUACUCCAGUCCAUAGUGGAUGUUUCCAGCCAUCUGCAGCGGCUGUACUUGCACAACGAUGGCACCAAGCUGGUCAUGCUCAACAACCUGAAAAAGAUGUCCAAUCUGAUCGAGCUGGAGUUGGUGCGCUGUGAUCUGGAACGCAUCCCACAUGCGAUCUUCAGCCUGACAAAUCUGCAAGAGCUUGACCUGAAAGAAAACAACCUCCGCUCAAUAGAGGAGAUCAUCAGCUUCCAGCACCUUCGUAAACUGACAUGCCUCAAACUGUGGUACAACGGUAUCAUGUACAUCCCAGAGCACAUAAAGAAGCUAGGGGGCCUAGAGCGCCUCUACUUCAGCCACAACAAGAUCGAGAUACUGCCUUCGCACCUGUUCUUGUGCAACAAGCUGCGCUACUUGGACCUGUCCAACAAUGACAUCCGGUUCAUCCCUCCUGAAAUCGGAGUCCUGCAGAGUCUACUGUAUUUCUCUGUCACCUGUAACAAAAUUGAAAAUCUCCCAGAUGAGCUCUUCUUUUGCAAAAAGCUGAAAACACUGAAGCUUGGCAAAAACUCGCUGUCCAUCCUCUCACCAAAAAUUUCCUACCUAGCUCUGCUGACGUACCUGGAUCUCAAAGGCAACCACUUUGAGGUCCUGCCUCAGGAGCUAGGUUGCUGUCGUGCUUUAAAACGUAGUGGCCUUAUCGUGGAAGAGGCUCUGUUUGAGACUUUGCCUUCAGAUGUCAGGGACCAGAUGAAGGCUGAGUGAGAUGUCUUAAGGAGGCCAAAGUCUCUGCUGUUUGUUUUGCCUACCAACUCAGAGCAUUUGUUUUGUAUCAAGCCAUUACUAUACCUAAGUAUUACACUACUGCUAAGAAUGUUAAGUUUUAUUUUUUUAAGUUUCCUUGAUGGAAGAUAAAAUUAUUUACUCAUGUAUUGUCACAUUGAUUCAAGCUGCAGCUUGGAGGCUUGUUUGGUUCUGAAUAAUU